AUGGCAGUCCUGGUGCUCGUGGUGUGGCUGGCAGCUCCGGCAGACAUGGACAAGCACAGAGGCACAGGCGGCUUCAGUGGAGCCAAACAGCCACAGGGGUCAGCGAAUGAAGUGUACAGAGAGCGACUGCACCUGCUCACGGUCACACUUCGUAUUCUCACUAACAGCAGCUUCCAAAACAACUACACCAUGGUACCUGAUUGUACAGAUUUAGCUGCAGUACUGUCAAAGUAUUACCUGCCAACACUUUAUGGAAUUGAGUUCUGUGUUGGUUUCCUGGGCAACCUAUUGGUUGUACUUGGUUAUAUAUUUUGUUUGCCAAAGUGGCAGAGCUGCAAUAUUUAUCUUUUCAAUCUUGCAGUCUCUGACGUAAUUUUCCUCUCCACAUUGCCACGCCUCUGCUACCUUUAUUCAAAUGACGAGCAAGAGUACAAUCCCUAUAUUUGUGUUAUCAACCGCUACGUCCUGCAUGUAAAUCUUUACUCCUCUAUACUCUUUAUGGUUUGGCUCAGCAUGGACCGCUUCCUGCUCAUAAAACAUCCAAUGAGGAAUCAUUACCUGCUCAGGCCAAAAACAGGCCAGAUCGUGACAGGACUGAGCUGGCUAGCUGUCAAUGUGGAAGUUGCCCCAAUGAUAGCACUGAUGGUGCAGGACCUAAGGAGAGGAAACUGGAGUCACUGCAGAGAUUUUGCCAGUCUAAAUGGAGAUGUCAAUGUGUUUGCCUACAGCUUAGGGCUGACAGUGAUGGGUUAUAUUCUCCCUCUGCUUGGACUUUGUUUUUUUUCCUACCAAAUAGCACACCUACUGCAUGCACAGGAAAGGGCUCUGCAGCGCACGACAACAUCAUUCAAGCGGCCUCUCAGGGUUGCUGUCUCAGCCGCAGCCUUAUUUCUGGUUCUUUACACUCCCUACCACGUGUUGAGAAAUGUGGCAAUAGCAAGUGUGCAGCCCUGGGCAAAACUGGAGAAUUGUACACAGAUGUACAUAAAGAGCAUCUAUAUCUUGACCCGACCUUUAGCCUUCUUGCACAGCGUAAUUAACCCAGUCUUCUACUUCCUCAUGGGUGACAAGUUCAGAGACCUCCUACAAUCUAAGAUUAGAAAUCUAGUCAGAAAGACAGAGCUGCAAAGAGACCCUUCAUGA